CUAGAUACUGGUUGAUGGAUAUGGAUCUGACUUUCUCUGCCUAGUCCUGCUUCUCAGUCUCUCACGGACUGCUCCUGGAUGGCUUACCAGUCAUAUUUAAGAUGGAUGGAAAAAACCUUCCUUCCUUCCUUCCUAAAUUCGCUCCACUUCCUCACUCACAACUCUCUUUUCUCUCACUCAAGCACUUAACUCGGGGGCUGUCUCUCACUCCUCCCAUCACAUCCAGGCCAAGACCAAAUCUUGCCAUUUCUUCAUUUGCAGCGUAUCAAAAAUCUCCCACCCAUCUUCGUCGCAGUAGCUAACACUCCUGCUCAGGCCCUGGGAUCUCCGGUGUUGAUUAUUGCAAUGUCUGCCUUUCUGGCUAACUGUUAUGCACAUUGUGCUUCACCAGCAAAGGACUGGUACACAAAAAGAAGAGCCAGAGGCCUCUCUGCAAUGCUCCCCAGAGGUGCCCAGGGUUGUGAGGCACCUCACCACCACCUAGCCUCAUCAUGAGGAAGUCUUGUUUGUGCCUGAUGUGGAUCAGAUCCUUGAAACCACCAGCCUCUGGCAGCACAAUUAGAGCCUUCCAGGCCUCGGUCUCUCUGUUCAGGUAGCAACACACCAACUGCCAGAUCCUUGGAGUGUUCCCUGUAGUGUCUAGCCCCCUCCACUGAACCCUCACAGGGCUACCAGGCCUGCAGUUCUUAAGGAACCGUACGCCAGCUUGUAAGACUCAACUCAGGUUCAGCACUUUGCUUAACAUCACAGCACUGAGAUCUAGUUAUAAUGAAAACAAGAAUGUGUUUGUUGUCAGAGAACCAAGAUGCAUGUGAUAGUGAGAAUACUGGAAAAAUGGGUUACGUACAAAUCAAAAUCAUAACAUGCUUUCUAGAGACUAAAACAAGUUAUCCUCUGGUUUAACAGCUUGUCUCACCCAUCAUUCUCACCAGCGUUUUCAGCCAAGCCUGGCUGAGACUCCUCUUUCACAAAGCAAACUGACUGUUCGUUUGCUGCCUCAGGGAAGGUGCUAGGGUGUCAUUUUUUGUCCCCCAAAUAUUCUAGAGCAAAUCUUUGACGUGCACCUCAAGAUGGGGUCUCUCUUCUCCCAUCCCUCUUCCCUGACUGUUUGCUUCUUCCUGUUACUUUUCUCUCACUUCACAGUGCUUCAUUACCAUUCGGUUCAGACUAGGGAGAGGUGACCUGCUGUGAACCAUACAGUAUUUAAUUUAGGUCUAAACAGCCAGACACUUCUUGUCUGACAGAAACCGCUUUUUUACCUUUGCCAGUGGCCAGCCCUAGACACAGACAUUAAGUACAUAAUUGCCAGUGUAUAUACGUAACUCCUUACACAGCAUCUGUAUGUGCCGUUUGUGAUUAGAUUGAUGACCAGUGUGACGCUGGCUUUUCUUUGAGAGCUCAGACGACAUUCUUUGGUGACCUAGAUAGACUGUAUGUCCCAGACCCAGGAGAUCCUUGUCACCCAGGCAACCCUCUGUUCCCCUUGCCCACUGGCACUCAGAGGUUCCUGAGCCACCCCCUCCUGCUGCACUGUAGUGCUAGGCUGUUGGGAUGCUUUUGGCACAACUUCCUGGCAGUUAAUGCAGCUGGGCACAGUAUGACGCUCUGCUCCCCUGGGCUGCUGAGGUUAGGGACUGUCCCCUGCACGGUGCCCCACACAUUAGUGUGCUUAGUGUCCUGGCUUUGUGGAGUUCGGGGGCAGCCUUUCUCUGCAGCAUGGGGCAUGUGUCACUUACUGCUCUGGAGUAGAGUAAAUGGUGGAUUCUUUGUAACUUGACAUCAUUACAUCACAAAUUGAAGACGUCAGUAACUCAACCAGAGAUUAUGGGCCUCCUACAGGAGUGGGUGGGGGAGGUCUGUGGCCUGUGAUGUGCAGGAGGUCAGACUAGAUGAUCACCCUGGUCCCUUCUGGCUGAAAGUCUGUGAGUCUACGACCAUGACCUACAAGCCCCUUGCGUGGGGAGGUCAAAAGGAGUGUUAGGCUUGUCUCUGGUCCCUCCCCUUAGGGCUGCAUGAAGGGGUGUCACAGCAAUGAGAAGCCCCCUGAGCCUUUCCGGCCAGAGGAUACCUCAGACAAGCUGAAGGCCAAGCCAAGCACAGAACUCAUUGUCCAAAGCCCCAAAUCAGCUGAGAAGAUGCAGCGUGAAAGGCCAAGCUCUGAUGAGCCAAGACAGCCACUGCUGAUUAAAGUGUCCAGGUCUCUGGAGCAGACCCUGGAGAAGCUGAAUCUGGCCUCCAAAAACCAAUGCCCAGAGGGAGGUUCCUUGUGCAGGGCAGAGGCCAUUCCGGAUGUCAGACCUGGCACCACCUGUAAGAACUCAGGCUGUAAGGUGGUGAGUUGCACCCUUGGUUUUGUGUUCCAAAGUCCAGGUCAGGGUGUCCCAGGCUCUGGGGAAUCAGAUCUCGGAGCGUAACUCUGUGG